AUGGCGCGCGGGAGGGGCGGGGCCACGCUGCGGGCCCGGGCCAUGGCCGCCGCCGAUGCCGAGGCAGUUCCGGCGAAGGGGGAGACCAAGCAGGACUGUGGCCUGGGAGCCGAGCUGCCGAGUGAAGGGUCACCCAUGGCUGCUGAUGACGGCUCAGCGGAACAGCAGGGAGGGGAGGCCCCGGUGGCUGCAGAUGGGGAGACCAACGGGUCCUGUGACCAGAGCGAUGCGAGCGGCCACGCGGCUGCUGUGAAGCACCCUCAGGAGAGCACGCGAGGCAGCCCGCAGGAGGGGGCUGGCCCGGGGGCCCGGAUAGCGGAGAAUGGGAUUCUGGACAGAGACCCCGAGGCGGGGAAGCAGAACCACAUCCGCUCUGAUGGCUUCCCCCAGAGUCCUGUCGUCGGGAGCAACGGUUACUUCCUUGGCAAGGCCCCAUUGUCUGAGCCGCCACUGCGGGUGGCCAGCACCCUGGCUUCCUCCCUGCCUGGCCACGCGGCGAAGACCCUCCCUGGCGGGGCUGGCAAAGGGAGGACUCCCGGUGCUUUUCCCCAGCCACCGGCUGCUGUGCCAGCCAAGCCUGGGGAGGGCGGCAAGGACACAGAGGACAAGAAGGCCCCGGCCCCGGGCGCCGACGUCAAGGUCCACAGGGCUCGGAAGACCAUGCCGAAGUCCAUCCCGGGCCUGCACGCGGCAAGUAAGGACCCCAGGGAAGGCCGGGACACCCGCGACCAUGAGGAGCCGAAAGAGGAGCUGAGCAGGGGCGCCUCGGAGUUUGCACGCCAGCAGCUUUCACCCCCCUUCCCGUCCCUUCACCAGUCGCUACCUCAGAACCAAUGCUACGUGGCCACCGCGAAGGCCCAGACAGCUUGCUUGCCUUUUGUUUUAGCAGCUGCAGUAUCUCGGAAGAAAAAGCGAAGAAUGGGAACCUAUAGCCUGGUUCCUAAGAAAAAGACCAAAGUGUUAAAGCAGAGGACGGUGAUUGAGAUGUUUAAGAGCAUAACUCAUUCCACGGGGGGCUCCAAGGGUGAGAAGGAUCUGAGUGACGGCUCCCUCCAUGUGAAUGGCGAGAGCCUGGACCUGGACUCGGAGGAGGACGACUCGGAGGAGCUGGACGAGGAUGAGGACCAGGGCGGCCCGCCAGCUGCUGCGUUCCCCGCUGAGGAUGGCAGGGCCUCCAAGGAUGGCAUGCUGGCACCUGACCGUAGCCAGAAGGUGGGUGGCACAGAGAGAGAGAGAGAGAAAGUGAGAGGUGUGAGAGAGAGAGAGAGAGAAAGGAGAGAGAGAGAGAGAAGUGAGAGGUGUGAGAGAGAGAGAGAGAGAGAGAAAGUGAGAGGUGUGAGAGAGAGAGAGAGAGAUAAAGUGAGAGGUGUGAGAGAGAGAGAGAGAGAGAAA